UUUUAGAUCAGCAUUUAGCGCACAAUCACGUUUUGCCUUCUAUUGAGAAUCUUUCGAUCACCAUUGAUGUCGCGGUGGGUAUCGGCGGUCGAGGCAGUAGAGAAGAGCGUCAAGCCAGAGGAACAGCUGACCAAGAAGGCCAAGGGCGGCGGCAAGAGUGGAGGAACCCAGGACACCAAGCUACCACUGCAACUGGAAGCUCGCAUGAGAGAGAGAGAAGCGUCAGACGACCAUUUCAAAGGCCCGACGGGCCACCCUGUUUUUUGGGCCAUCAAGGAAGCUACCACCAAGUACGAGAAGCUCGUCAAGGAGGCGGGCGCAGGGCACGAGUUCGGGUCACCUCACCUACACGCAGCGGGAGCCAUGAUCGCUACAGUCGCCAGCGCGUCCACAGAGGGCAAAAACGAGGAAAUUCAAUGCAUAUUCGCAGCAGUCAAACGGCUCGAAGAAUUCAGAGAGACGGGCAGCCCGUCAGACCUCGAAGACUGGUGCGUCACAUGCAGAUCAAGCGAGCUCCAAAGCAAACAAGGAGUUCAACCCACAUCACGUCUUUCAUUCAAUUUCGAGGGACACUGGCCCGUGGCGAAGAACCUCACAGAGGAGCAGCAGAUCGCGGCGCAGAAGGGCAAGCAUCAUCCACAGGAGCUCGACACAGGGGGCAACUUCACACUGGUCAGGGUGAAUCGCCUGAUUGGACUAUGCCUACGAGCGAGUGGCCUCCAGAAGAUGCCAGGGAAGGCACCGAUUGGGGGGCUUGCAUACGGCAUCAGAGGGAAGCAGUGAGCCAGAGGAGAAGAGAACAUGUACCUGGAGGAGUAGGUAGGGACAGUAGAGCAGGUCAGGAGCAAUUUUUUUCAGAGAGAGGCCUAGAGCCCAGACUGCGAAUCCAGCGAAGAGAGAACUCUCGCAACCAAGUUUAGUAAGCGCCCCCGCGCCUAGACGCCACUGCUAGCGCUGCGCGCGCAUUGGCAGCGGCGUCAGGCCUAGCGCUCCCACACUAUUUAAGGCCCCCUGGAGUGCAAACACCAGGCUCUGCGGUACCCCUAGAGUAGCCCUUUUGAGGAGUGAAUGGAUAUCGACGCAGAUGAGUCAGAGUCAGUC